UCAUGGGUUGUGGUCGACUCCAUUCCGUAUCACAAUGGCUGUGGUUCUUCUUUACCAGCAAUUGGGUGUUGCUUCACUCCUUGGGUCAUUAAUCCUUGUGCUGAUGGUCCCAGUACAGACAAUGGUGAUUAGCAAAAUGCGAAAACUGACUAAGGAAGGACUCCAAAGGACUGACAAGAGAGUCAGCCUCAUGAAUGAAAUUUUGGCUGCCAUGGACACUGUAAAGUGUUAUGCUUGGGAGAAGAGCUUCCGAUCUAGAGUUCAAAGUAUGCGGAAUGAUGAGCUGUCAUGGUUCCGUAAAGCGAAAAUUAUUUCUGCGUUUAACAGUUUUAUACUGAAUAGCAUCCCAGUUGUCGUGACAGUGGUUUCAUUUGGAACAUUCACUUGGCUAGGUGGGGAUUUGACACCUGCAAGGGCAUUUACAUCUCUCUCUCUCUUUGCGGCGCUGAGAUUUCCUUUAAUUAUGUUUCCUAAUCUAUUAAGUCAGGUGGUAAAUGCAAAUGUAUCAUUACAACGUCUUGAGGAGCUACUUUUAGCUGAUGAGAGAAUUCUGGUGCCAAAUCCACCACUCGAACUUGGGCUUCCUGCUGUCUCAAUUAGAAAUGGAUUCUUUUCUUGGGACUCAAAGUCACAGAAACCGACGUUAUCAGAUAUCAAUUUAGACAUACCAGUUGGUAGCUUAGUCGGAAUUGUUGGUGGAACUGGAGAAGGAAAGACGUCGCUCAUAUCAGCAAUGCUUGGAGAACUACCUCCUUUGGAAGAUGCAAAUGUUGUUAUGAGAGGGACUGUUGCCUAUGUUCCUCAAGUUUCAUGGAUUUUCAAUGCAACUUUACGUGAAAACAUUCUAUUUGGGUCUGAGUUUGACUCCACAAAAUAUUGGAAGGCUAUUGAUGUGACUGCAUUGGAGCAUGAUCUUAACUUACUCCCUGGUCGUGACCUCACAGAGAUUGGGGAAAGAGGGGUGAAUAUUAGUGGUGGGCAAAAGCAGAGAGUUUCUAUGGCUAGGGCUGUCUAUUCCAAUUCGGACGUAUACAUAUUUGAUGACCCUUUAAGUGCCCUAGAUGCGCAUGUUGGUCGCCAGGUUUUUUACAAUUGUAUCAAAGAAGAGUUGCGUGGAAAGACCAGGAUACUUGUUACAAAUCAGCUACAUUUUCUUCCUCAAGUGGAUAGAAUUAUUCUGGUUUCUGAAGGUAUGAUCAAAGAGGAGGGAACCUUCGAGGAGCUUUCCAAACAUGGCCAGCUAUUCCAGAAACUCAUGGAAAAUUCAGGGAAAAUGGAAGAAAAUUCGGAAGAAAAUGAUGACAGCAAAAAUGUUAACCAUGAAGACUCUAAAUCAACAGCAUAUUCAGUGGUUGAGGAGAAAGAGCAUGUUAAGAAUGCAGGCAACUCUAAGAAAUUAGGGAAAGAAGGGAAAUCUGUUCUCAUUAAGCAAGAAGAACGGGAAACAGGUUUGGUCAGUUGGAAUGUUUUGAUGAGGUACAAAAAUGCAUUAGGAGGCCUGUGGGUACUUAUGAUACUUUUUACAUGCUACAUAUCAACUGAAGUUCUUCGAAUUUCCAGUAGCACUUGGUUAAGUGUUUGGACAGAUCAAAGCACUUCACAGAACUAUAAUCCCACAUACUAUAUUCUCAUUUAUGCACUUCUUGGGUUCGGUCAGGUGACUGUGACAUUGGCGAACUCUUAUUGUCUGAUCAUUUCAAGUCUUCGUGCAGCUAGAAGACUGCAUGAUGCCAUGCUAAAUGCCAUUCUAAGAUCUCCAAUGCUUUUCUUUCACACCAAUCCGAUUGGUCGUGUAAUCAAUAGGUUUUCAAAGGAUGUAGGUGAUAUAGAUCGCAAUGUUGCCAAUUAUGUGAAUAUGUUUAUGGGCCAAGUAUGGCAGCUCCUUUCAACUUUUGUGCUGAUAGGCCUUGUGAGCACAAUAUCAUUAUGGGCCAUAAUGCCACUUCUCAUCUUGUUUUAUGGAGUUUAUCUAUACUAUCAGAGUACAUCUCGUGAAGUGAAGCGCUUAGAUUCCAUUACCAGAUCUCCUGUUUAUGCACAAUUUGGAGAAGCCCUAAAUGGUCUGUCGAGCAUUCGUGCAUAUAAAGCAUAUGAUAGGAUGGCAUACAUUAACGGAAAGUCAAUGGAUAAUAACAUCAGAUUCACCCUUGCAAAUACUAGCUCAAAUCGUUGGCUUACCAUCAGGUUGGAAACAUUAGGAGGCCUUAUGAUUUGGUUGACAGCAACAUUUGCAGUCCUGAAGAAUGGAAAAUCGGGAAACCAGCCUGCGUUUGCUUCUACAAUGGGUCUACUUCUCAGUUAUACCUUGAAUAUCACUAAUCUGUUGAGUGGUGCAUUGACACAAGCAAGUAGCGCCGAAAAUAGUUUGAAUUCUGUUGAGCGCAUUGGAACAUAUAUAGAUUUACCUUCUGAAGCUGCAGAUGUCAUUGAAAGCAACCGCCCUCCACCUGGUUGGCCUUCAUCGGGAUCAAUGACGUUUGAGGAAGUCGUCCUGCGUUAUAGGCCGGAACUUCCUCCAGUCUUGCAUGGCUUAUCAUUCACUGUCUCUCCAAAUGAAAAAGUAGGAAUUGUUGGAAGAACUGGUGCAGGAAAGUCCAGCGUGCUUAAUGCCUUAUUUCGAAUUGUGGAAAUCGAAAGAGGAAGAAUUAUGAUUGAUGAUUGUGAUGUUGCUAAGUUUGGACUAGCUGAUUUGCGGAAAGGUCUCAGUAUCAUCCCACAAUCACCAGUUCUUUUCUCAGGAACUGUGAGGUUUAAUCUUGAUCCAUUUAGUGAACACAAUGAUGCUGAUCUUUGGGAGGCCUUGGAGAGGGCAUAUUUGAAAGAUGUCAUCAGGAAGAAUUCUUUUGGUCUGGAUGCUGAAGUUUCAGAGAGAGGCGAGAAUUUCAGUGUUGGACAGAGACAAUUAUUAAGUCUUGCACGAGCUUUGCUCCGGAGGUCCAAGAUUCUGGUUCUCGAUGAAGCAACAGCUGCUGUUGAUGUCAGAACUGAUGCUCUCAUCCAGAGAACCAUCCGUGAAGAAUUCAGAUCAUGUACAAUGCUGAUUAUUGCUCACAGACUAAACACCAUAAUCGACUCUGACUGCAUACUUGUGCUCGAUGCUGGCCAGGUUGUGGAGCAUGAUACGCCAGAGGCACUGUUAUUAAGAGAGGAAAGUGCAUUUGCAAAAAUGGUUGAAAGCACUGGGCCUGCCAAUGCCCAGUAUUUACAAAGCAUAGUUUUCGAAAACAAGUCAGGCAGAGAAGAGAGCAAGAAGCAAGAUGAGCAGAGUAGAUGGCUGGCUUCUUCUCAGUGGGCAGCUUCUUCUCAGUGGGAAGCUGCUGCACAGUUUGCUCUAGCUGUUAGUCUCACUUCUUCUCAGAAUGACCUUCAAAGGGUGGACAUCAAGGAUGAGAAUGAUAUCCUCAAGAAAACAAAAGAUGCAGUUAUAACACUGCAGGGAGUACUAGGAGGAAAGCAUGAUAAAGAAAUAGAUGAGUCUCUACAUCAGUACCAAGUUUCCAGAGAAGGAUGGUGGUCAGCUCUCUACAGAAUAGUUGAAGGUCUUGCAAUGAUGGGCAGGAUGGGUCGGGAGAGGCUUCAAGAAUUUGAAGCUGAUUUUGAAGCAAAUCCUCUAUUGGGACAAUACUGAAGUUAAGAAACACUGAGAAUUUGCCAAUUCUGCUAUUCAUGUUGGCAUGCUAUAGAACAAAUUUCCAAUUGUAUACAGUAAUAGAUUUGUGCAAUUGUAAUCCUAGAAACUAGCCAGCCAUGCCAAUUAUCUUGGGAUCAGGCAUUGUAAUGUAAUAAUGAUCAACAAAAUUGUUAAACUUUUGUCCCAUAUAGGUCAUCCAUGUACUUUCUUUUA